CUCGCUGCUUUGCUUUAAUUUUUUUUAGUCCCCACCACUCUUUGAAGCUCAUUCAUGGCUUCUUUGGGCUCUCUUCUUCUCUCUGUCUGCCAUGUCUUCCUCCUCUAGUUUUUCACAUUCCCAAACUCUCCUAACGUCUUAACCAUUCUCCUAAUCUCUUUUCCAUUUUUGGCUUCCUUUAAGCUUUCUUUCCAACCUUACUUUUAUUACUAAGUGAAAGAAGAAUAUUAUGAGUGCAGGGGUGUCUCUCCUCACUAUGCUAUUCCUUGAGUUGUUUAUGCUUUUCGCCUGCUUCCAUGAAUGUUUAUCCAGCCCUGUGGAUCAACUUAAAAGUUAUAUCUUAACACAAAGAGGAGCAGAUGCUUUCUUACCUGAAAUUACUCCGAGUGCAGCUCCUCAGCCAUUUCUUCCUCUUCUUGCACCUUCUCCGUUGUCACCGUUUACAAAUAGUACUAUUCCGAAAUUAUCAGGACUUUGUAUGUUAAACUUCACUGCUUCUCAAAGCUUAAUGACCAUGACCUCAACUGAUUGUUGGGCUGCAUUUGCUCCAUUGUUGGCUAAUGUAAUAUGUUGUCCUCAGUUGCAUGCGACUCUCGUGAUUCUUGUUGGUCAAUUAAGUAAAGAGACCGGUGUGCUUGCUUUAAACAGAACCCUUGCGAAACCUUGCCUUUCAGAUAUUGAGCAAGUCUUGGAAGGCCAGGGUGCUAGCGAUGAUCUCAAGCAGGUCUGCUUGAUUCAUCCAUCAAACCUUACUGAAGCAUCGUGCCCAGUAAAAGAUGUUGAUGAAUUUGAGAACACUGUAAAUUCUUCUGAGCUUCUUGCUUCAUGUGAAAAGAUCGAUCCUGUGAAAGAAUGUUGUGACCAAGUUUGUCAAGGUGCCAUAUCAGAUGCUGCAACAAGGAUUGCAUUGAAAUCUUCUGAUCCUUUGAGCAUGGAUGGAACCCAUGUUUUACCGGAGUACUCGACAAGAGUAAAUGAUUGUAAAACCGUUGUCCUUCGGUGGUUGGCAAGUAAACUCAACCCUUAUCGUGCAAAGGAAGUUCUUAGAGGACUAACCAAUUGCAAUGUUAACAAAGUUUGCCCUCUUGUUUUCCCCAAUAUGAGGCAUGUGGCAAAUAGCUGUGGAAAUGGAAUAAGUAGCCAGACUGCUUGUUGUGAUGCUAUGGAUAGCUAUGUCUCUCAUUUGCAAAAGCAGACCCUCAUCACCAACUUACAAGCUUUGGAUUGUGCUACCGCACUGGGGUUGAAGCUACAGACAUAUAAUAUCACCAAAAAUGUUUAUAGCCUAUGUCAUAUAAGCCUCAAGGAUUUCUCUCUUCAAGUUGGAAGUCAGGUAUCUGGAUGUCUCCUGCCAAGCUUGCCCUCUGAUGCGACAUUCGAUAAGUUUUCUGGAAUCAGUUUCAUUUGCGAUCUAAAUGAUAAUAUUCCAGCUCCAUGGCCCAAUCCAUCACUUCUACCAGCUUCAUCAUGCAAUAAAACUGUAAGAAUCCCUGCACUACCUGCGGCAACAAAUGCUCAAAGCAGACUUUACAAUGAAUAUGCUGCAGUUUAUCUUCUCAUCGCUUCUUCAUUGACCAUGAUGAUACUCUAGUUCGAGGCUGAUUCAGUCUUUUCUCCAGAACUGUAUGAUAUAAGAUCAGUCUUCUUAAGGACAAAUGGAUUAAAUCCUCUCAAGUUUAACACUGAUUCAGGCAUGACCACCUGUUAAUGGAAUGUUCAACCAGAUGCAGACUCAAGUCCAUGUAUCUGAUCAUAUAACAAUUCUUGCAUGUUUUCUGUAAUAAUAUUUUUGUAAAAAAGGCUACUUGGGUGCAAGAGAAAAAGUUAUGUUGUAUCUACAUAAGUAUUUGAGUAUACCAUGUAAAUUUUGAUUGGAUAUCUAUUUAUAAGAAUUUUUAUUCCAGUUGCAA